AGCCUUGGAAACCCUGUGGGGCAGUUCUCUGUCCGGUAGGGCUGCUAUGAGUUGGAACCAACUCAAAUGGCAGUGGGUUUAGGAGAACAAGUGUUAACAUUUAUUCUGGACACCGGGAGCCCACAGAGAAAUGAACAAGUUGAAAUCAUCGCAGAAGGAUAAAGUUCGUCAGUUUAUGAUCUUCACACAAUCUAGCGAGAAAACAGCAGUAAGUUGUCUGUCUCAAAAUGACUGGAAGUUAGAUGUUGCAACAGACAAUUUUUUCCAAAAUCCUGAACUUUAUAUACGAGAGAGUGUAAAAGGAUCAUUGGAUAGGAAGAAGUUAGAACAACUAUACAAUAGAUACAAAGAUCCUCAAGAUGAAAAUAAAAUCGGAAUAGAUGGUAUCCAGCAGUUCUGUGAUGACCUGGCCCUCGACCCAGCCAGCAUUAGUGUGUUGAUCAUUGCGUGGAAGUUCAGAGCAGCGACCCAGUGCGAGUUCUCCAAACAGGAGUUCAUGGACGGCAUGACGGAAUUAGGAUGUGACAGCAUAGAAAAACUAAAGGCCCAGAUACCCAAGAUGGAACAAGAAUUGAAAGAACCAGGACGAUUUAAGGAUUUUUACCAGUUUACUUUUAAUUUUGCAAAGAAUCCAGGACAAAAAGGAUUAGAUCUAGAAAUGGCCAUUGCCUACUGGAAUUUAGUGCUUAAUGGAAGAUUUAAAUUCUUAGACUUAUGGAAUAAAUUUUUGUUGGAACAUCAUAAACGAUCAAUACCAAAAGAUACUUGGAAUCUCCUUUUAGACUUCAGUACGAUGAUUGCAGACGACAUGUCUAAUUACGAUGAAGAAGGAGCAUGGCCUGUUCUUAUUGAUGACUUUGUGGAAUUUGCACGCCCUCAAAUUGCUGGGACAAAAAGUACGACAGUGUAGCACUAAAGGAACCUUCUAGAAUGUACAUAGUCUGUACAAUAAAUACAACGGAAAAUUGCACAGUCAAUUUCUGCUGGCUGGACUGAACUGAAGACCAAUCCUCACAGUGCAGGCUGAGGGUUGAGACGAAACUUUAAGGAUACAUCUUGGACCAUAUCGUAUUUCAUUCUUCUGAUGGUGGUUUGGGCUUGUCUUCUAGUCUGGGCCGCUCUAAACAUUCAUAAUUCCAACAUUGUGGAGUUCAUCUGAUAUCUGUGGACCAUCCUAGUUUAUUCUCCCAUAAGUCUUAGAAGCUUUAUGGUGAUUCUUUUGAGGUUUCCAUUCUCACAUAAAGCACAAUGCUGUCUUCAUCAGGAAAGUUUGGCGUAAGAAUUAAACAUAUGAACAUCACAAACAAUUUAUAAAAACUUCUUAAAUAUAUGCUUUGGGCUAGUUGCAAAGACUACGCUGAUAGCACUUCCAAUGAGAGUGAUAUAUUUAAGUGUACCGGAUCUGAAAUGGUGUUUUGGUUUUGGGGAAUUUUUUUUUUUUUUGCAAAUCACAAUUAUUAUUGAUGUGAAUAGAGUAUCUCAUGAAAAAAAUGUCACAAAUAACCGACGUGAAAAAUUCUUAGGAUAACUUGGUGCCUACCUGAAAAGUUUAUUGUGCUUCAGACCCACGGUCUCACAAAAGUUCCACAGAACAGUCCGCCCUCACCUGUGUUUCUCCGUAUCUGCUCCACAGGGAACUUUAUUUAGAACAUGCCCGCAUGAUGUUAGGCGCCACUUCUCUCUACAUUAUGCGUUACGUGAUUGGAUUUCAUUAUGAGUUUGAAAUGCUUAUAUGCCUGUCAGAUAAGUUAAACUAUUUAAUUUGUUUUGAAUGUUUUAUCGCCACACAAUACAAUAUCCUACAUUUAGGCAUCGGGGUUUAUUUUCUGGUUUGCUGUUUGUGUUCAGUCCUCGCACUAUGGAACACAAAUGAGAUUCCCUUCAUUUAUGAGAAGAUAGUAGGAAUUAAAUUUUGAAAAUGGUUGUGAUGAGCCAUGAAGUUCAAUCUUUAUAAUAUAGGUACUGCUAUUUCAGACAGAUGGUCCAUUUUUGGUGACGUCUUAUUUUGUUGAAAUUACUGUAACUGCUAAUCACUGUGGUUGCCAAGUAUGUACUUCAGGAGCAGAGAUUUUCCAGCAGGUGUACACUUAAUGCAGAAAUUCCGGUCUGGCUUCUGUUCUCUUAAAUUAUUUAAUCUCUUAUAAUUGUGUUUGUUUUACUCCAGUUAGUUCAGUUUUCGCAUCAAAGCAGAAUGUUGUCUUGUUUUGAUUACAAGACCCAGGAGCUGCUUUCGUGCUGAAAACGUUCGUUUCUCUGCUCACUUAACUGACGUGUGAGGAAGGGUUACUGCUGUCUUGAACAUUUCCAUAAAGCAGGUUAAAAAACGUUAAAAUUCAAAUGCUGGAUGACGGUGGUCUGUAAUAGGAAUAGAUUUUGCUUGGUAUAUCCAGGCACUCUUGAAGGCCAGGUGUUUAAAUUAGCAAAGGGAUACACUUGAGAAUAACAGUACAGUUUAUGCAGUUGUGGAAGUGAUUUUAAGAAACAGUGACAUAUUGAAACUGCUUUUUACCUACAUGAUUUUGAAAUGGACUAGAAAGCUUUCCCGGUAGAUAUUAUGUUAAUAUUCCAAUCAUACCUUUAAUUCAAGAAUACAAUUCUACCAAAAGGAAAAUUUGAAAAUUUCUAUUCAGGUUACUGGAAUUGGUUAUUUAAAAAAAAAAGGAAGGAAAAAGGAGAAUCCUGCUGCUUUCAGUAUUUCCUGAAUUCAUUUUUGUAAAUAAAAAGAGGAACUUCAAUUAUGAAAAAUUUUAAAAGGUAUAUAUAUAUAUGUAUGGACUGUUUUAUUUCCUGUCUUGAAGAUUUUGAGUUAUAGUAUUGUUUUUUUGAUUAAUUCAAGUAUGCUGUGUUUUUCAAUGACAUCACACUAGCUUUUUUUUUUUUUUUCCCCCCAACAUAAAUUGUUUUUCAUAAAAGUUUGAUAUUAAUUCGUGGCCCAGUGCCUUGGAGUUCUAAAAAUUUUUUCUUUUAAAUGCGAGACCUUUUCAACAAAACAGUGCUUGUCACCAGUUUGGUACUGAACAUUUAUAAUUACUGUGUAAUUAUAAACAAGAAUAUACAUAAAGCUUUUGAGUAUAAUUAUGUAGCAUAAAAGUUAAGGCUGUUCACUCUGAUGGCAUCUUAGAAUGAAAACAAUUACUCGGGCUGAAGAGAGAAGGCUGAACGUGAUGUGAUUAUUCGGAGGAUAAAUGCCUGGUCACAGGGAAUAUUUUGUACUAAAAAAUGCUUACACAUAUGGCCAUGUGUGUGAGUGUGAGUGUGAGUGUGUGUGUGUCCGUGAGAGUGUGAAAGGGAGGCACACAUGACUUGAAUUGCUUUAAUUCGUAAAUGCGCAGUCUUCAUCUGGUAACACCCCAUGCUGACUCUUUGUUUUAAAUUGAACCACAGGUACAGUUUCCUUUUUGCCAAAUGUCAAAACAGGUACACAUUUUAAAAUGUAACGCUUUUUUAAUAGUAAGAUGUAUAAAAUUAGAAGUGCCCACAUAUAAAAAUACUUGAGAUCAAGAUUAUUGAAUAUCAUCUGCAUUAUCUCUGUAAGUUCAACUGUGUUUCUUACAAUCCCUGUCAUGUCACCAACAGAGGCAAUAAAAGCUUCAGUGAAAUUGCCAUGACUAAAUCUUUCCCCAUAUUAUUUCAGUGUACUAUUUUUUAAAGACUAAAAUAUACCUGGAAAAUUUUCCAGGAAGAAAAA